AUGGUUACUAGUAUACUCACCAACAGCAGGGAAGAUGAAAGAAAACUCGCUGUGGCUGCAGUUCUCAUUUUGCUGGGAGUCUUUUGGACUCAGGCUUCUGCGUUGGAUACCUUUCUCCUGCAAGAACCUGAGAAUAACUAUGUCACUGGAACUAUGACUAUCCAUAAUGGGGACAAGGUUGUUGACGUCCAUGUCCGUUCAGGCGUGUACUCCUCUGAUACCAUUUUUGACUACUCGCAUGGGUAUAUUGCAACAAGGUUAUUUUCACGAAAGGCCUGCUUUAUCCUGAAAAUAAAUAAGAACUACAUCCCAGAGCUGCAAGAAAUUGGACGCCAGGCUUUUGAGAGACAGACUAUGAAGAAAAUAUACUCUCCAAAUAAUGUGUGGGUACAGUUUGAAUCUGGCCAUUCUUGGUUUGGGAAUCUGAAAGAGUGGCUUAUCUAUGGUAGACCCAUUGAACAACUCUGUGCAGGCCUGCCUCUCUACCGCCUUGCAAAGACUCAGCCACCACUAAAUGCUCGUGGCUGUGCCAGUGCAGGAAUUCCAAGCAUUUUGCCCAUUAAAAUCUGUGAAAAAGGCAAUUAGGCUGGAUCUUGUCCAUUCUGCUGCAUGGAAAGGGCUUGUUUCUUUGCACGCUUUUGUGAUGGUAGCCGUGUUCUCCAGCUGGAACAAAACUCCAUGUUAGACCCAGCCUGCCUAUCCAAAGCUUCAAGUGCAACAAACCUAUGGUACACAAAUAAAGAUU